UUGUCCGUUCCAGGUUUAAAGCAGUCAAUGUCAAAGAAGAAGAGAAAGUGUGGUUCGGAUAUUGCUAAAUUAAUUCUAAUGUUUUAACUUGCUUAAUAAUCUAUUCUUCGAUAGUAAAGUAGAUACAAUAAAGCUUCUGGGAUGAAAAUGGCAAGGCCUCUUAUACCGAGUCAACAGAAGUUGGCUGAAAAGUUGACCAUCCUCAAUGACAGAGGAAUGGGAAUGCUUACAAGGAUUUAUAAUAUCAAAAAGGCAUGUGGAGAUGCAAAAUCUAAACCUUCCUUCCUGUCUGAUAAAAAUUUGGAUUCUGCCAUAAAGCAUGUUGUCCGAAGAUUUCCAAAUAUUGACAUUAGAGGAAGUAGUAGCCAACUUGGAAAUGUGUAUAAUAUACGUCAGGAAAUAAUGAAAAGUUUAUCACUUUAUUACUAUACUUUUGUUGAUUUACUUGAUUUUAAGGAUCAUGUAUGUGAACUAUUAACAACAAUGGAUGCUUGUCAAUUACAAUUGGAUAUAGAUCAUGUAUGUGAACUAUUAACAACAAUGGAUGCUUGUCAAUUACAAUUGGAUAUAUCAUUACAAUUAUUUUUUAUGCAGUUAUUAUUUCAAGCAUUAAUGUCAUUACAAUAUGUGUUCCCAAGAAGAAAUCUAGUUGUAGAAGAAUGGCGUAAGAGUCAAAUGUUGAGUCUUGUUGCAUCACCUUCACAGAUGCUUACUCCAGCACAGACUGACACAAAUGUAUCAGUGAUGCCUGAAGAGGAUUCUGUAAUUUUGUCUUCAAUUUGUGCAGCAAUUUCUGGUUUAUCUGUAAAGCAAGGUAAAGCCUACAGUAGCGUUAGCAAAUAUCCUUUAAAUUUACAAGAUCAUCGAGACCUUGCUUCUUUAAUGAAUACAAUUAUCUUUCAUACAAAAAUGGUUGAUUUUCUGGAUGAAAUGUUGGUUGAAACAUCAGAUCUUUCUAUAUUUUGUUUUUUCAGUAAAAUAUUUGAGGACCAAUUUCAUAUGUGUCUAGAAUUUCCAGCUCAAACUAGAUAUAUCAUUGCCUUUCCAUUAAUUUGCAGUCAUUUUAUGAAUUGCACGCAUGAACUAUGUCCUGAAGAGCGUAUUCAUAUAGGAGAUAGAAGUUUGACCAUGGUUAAUGCAUUCCUGGAUGAAAUGUCCAAAGAAGCUAAGAACAUUAUUACAACGAUAUGUGAUGAACAAUGCACUCUCAGUGAUAGAUUACUACCAAAACACUGUGCUCCCCAAAUUGCCCAAGUAGUAAAUAAAAAAAGAAGAGAUAAGAAAAAUAAAGUAGUACAAGAAUUAGACAAACCUGGAACAGAAAGUUAUCGAAGAACACGAGAAGAACUUACAACAAUGGACAAACUUCAUAUGGCAUUGACUGAAUUGUGCUAUGCAAUUAAUUACUGCAGUACGAUCCAUGUUUGGGAACAUACUUUUGCACCUAGAGAAUAUCUAUCGCAGCAUCUAGAAAGUAGAUUUAAUAAUUUUUUCAGUAAAAUAUUUGAGGACCAAUUUCAUAUGUGUCUAGAAUUUCCAGCUCAAACUAGAUAUAUCAUUGCCUUUCCAUUAAUUUGCAGUCAUUUUAUGAAUUGCACGCAUGAACUAUGUCCUGAAGAGCGUAUUCAUAUAGGAGAUAGAAGUUUGACCAUGGUUAAUGCAUUCCUGGAUGAAAUGUCCAAAGAAGCUAAGAACAUUAUUACAACGAUAUGUGAUGAACAAUGCACUCUCAGUGAUAGAUUACUACCAAAACACUGUGCUCCCCAAAUUGCCCAAGUAGUAAAUAAAAAAAGAAGAGAUAAGAAAAAUAAAGUAGUACAAGAAUUAGACAAACCUGGAACAGAAAGUUAUCGAAGAACACGAGAAGAACUUACAACAAUGGACAAACUUCAUAUGGCAUUGACUGAAUUGUGCUAUGCAAUUAAUUACUGCAGUACGAUCCAUGUUUGGGAACAUACUUUUGCACCUAGAGAAUAUCUAUCGCAGCAUCUAGAAAGUAGAUUUAAUAAGGCUCUUGUUGGAAUGGUAAUGUAUAAUCCAGAAAAUAACGAAAUAGCUAAACCAUCAGAACUUUUAAGUAGUGUACGAGCAUACAUGAAUGUUCUACAAAGCAUUGAAAACUAUGCAGAGGAAGCGGAGGAAAAAUGGAAGAAUGUAUCAGUGAUGCCUGAAGAGGAUUCUGUAAUUUUGUCUUCAAUUUGUGCAGCAAUUUCUGGUUUAUCUGUAAAGCAAGUGGAAGAAAAUGAAAUAUUUGAUUUCAGAGGAUUGAGAUUGGAUUGGUUCAGGCUUCAGGCCUACAGUAGCGUUAGCAAAUAUCCUUUAAAUUUACAAGAUCAUCGAGACCUUGCUUCUUUAAUGAAUACAAUUAUCUUUCAUACAAAAAUGGUUGAUUUUCUGGAUGAAAUGUUGGUUGAAACAUCAGAUCUUUCUAUAUUUUGUUUUUUCAGUAAAAUAUUUGAGGACCAAUUUCAUAUGUGUCUAGAAUUUCCAGCUCAAACUAGAUAUAUCAUUGCCUUUCCAUUAAUUUGCAGUCAUUUUAUGAAUUGCACGCAUGAACUAUGUCCUGAAGAGCGUAUUCAUAUAGGAGAUAGAAGUUUGACCAUGGUUAAUGCAUUCCUGGAUGAAAUGUCCAAAGAAGCUAAGAACAUUAUUACAACGAUAUGUGAUGAACAAUGCACUCUCAGUGAUAGAUUACUACCAAAACACUGUGCUCCCCAAAUUGCCCAAGUAGUAAAUAAAAAAAGAAGAGAUAAGAAAAAUAAAGUAGUACAAGAAUUAGACAAACCUGGAACAGAAAGUUAUCGAAGAACACGAGAAGAACUUACAACAAUGGACAAACUUCAUAUGGCAUUGACUGAAUUGUGCUAUGCAAUUAAUUACUGCAGUACGAUCCAUGUUUGGGAACAUACUUUUGCACCUAGAGAAUAUCUAUCGCAGCAUCUAGAAAGUAGAUUUAAUAAGGCUCUUGUUGGAAUGGUAAUGUAUAAUCCAGAAAAUAACGAAAUAGCUAAACCAUCAGAACUUUUAAGUAGUGUACGAGCAUACAUGAAUGUUCUACAAAGCAUUGAAAACUAUGUACAUCUGGAUAUUACUAGAGUAUUCAAUAAUGUUUUACUUCAACAAACUCAACCUCAGGACAGUCAUGGUGAUAAGACAGUUACUUGUCUCUAUACUAAUUGGUAUCUAGAAGUUUUGUUAAGAAGAGUUAGUACUGGACAUAUAUGUUUUUCUCGUAAUCAAAGGGCUUUUGUUACAUUAUCUGCUGAAGGACAGAUUCCAUUUAGUGCAGAAGAAUUCUCAGACAUCAAUGAGUUACGUGCCUUAGCUGAGCUAAUUGGUCCAUAUGGAAUGAAAUAUUUAAAUGAAAGUUUAAUGUGGCAUAUUGCUAGUCAAGUUACAGAAUUGAAGAAAUUGGUGGUCACAAACAAAGAUAUCCUGGUAGCUUUGAGAUCAAAUUAUGAUAAACCUGAACAAAUGAGGGAACUCUUUAGAAGAUUACAACGACCAAAGAUGGCCCAAAAUGUAGAUAAUGUUCUCCAAAGAAUGACUAUUAUUGGAGUGAUUCUUUGUUUCCGCACACUAGCACAAGAUGCCUUGAAUGACGUAUUAACUGAUCGUAUUCCAUUCUUAUUGAGCUCUAUUGUUGAUUUUAAACAUCAUGUACCAAAUGGAGAUUCUAUGCUUGAGAAUAUCAGAUUACAGAUUGUAAGCGAAAUGGCAUCUGCAGCGGGACUAAAUUGUAAAGUGGAUCCUGCAUUAGUAUCAUCUUUAAGAUCACAGAAAAGUGACUUAGGUGAAGACGAGUAUCAAAUUGCUUGUCUGCUGAUGGUAUUUGUGGCUGUUUCUUUACCGAAAUUAGCUCGGAACGAAGGUUCUCACUAUAAAGCCUCUUUAGAAGGGCAUGCCAAUAAUAUUCAUUGCUUGGCAGAAGCUAUUAAUGGCAUUGCUGGAGCUCUGUUUACAAUCUGUGGGCAUGGAGAUAUUGAAGAAAGACUAAAAGAAUUUCUUGCGUUGGCUUCAUCCAGUUUACUGCGUUUAGGGCAGGAGAGUGACAGAGAAGCAAUACGUAAUCGGGAAUCCGUUUAUCUUCUGCUGGACUUGAUAGUCAAAGAAUCGCCCUUCUUGACCAUGGACUUGUUAGAAUCUUGUUUCCCUUAUGCAUUACUGAGAAAUGCCUAUCAUGCAGUGUAUCGUGCCGAUAAUGUGUAAAAUAUGUUUGUAUAAACAUAUACAUACCUAUAUAUAUAAAUAUAUAAA